AUGGCCGCCACAGCGGUGACGAGGGCCCAGAACCGGGCCAUUGCAAAGGGCACAGACCCAAAGGCGGCUACUUGUCGGGCAAAGUUGCAACGAGCGAGGUCUGCUCUGAACAGACAGAUGGACCGGGAGCUACGGUUACGCGAAGGCGCUGAGAAUCUAUUGCGGGCUACCACCAAGGACGGCGGUAGUGGCGAUAACAGCGGCAUCGUUGGUAGUGGCGGUGGCCGCAGGAAUAAGAGUAAAAGCAGAAAGCUCAUCAGGCAGACGGUAGCACUGGAGCUGAGUUUCUUAGAUUCCAACGUCCGAUUGCUGGCUGACGAGCUGGCCGAGCUUAACGGUUCGGUUGACGUAUAUCAGCACCGAGACGACGAUGACGAUGACAAUGAAGAUGAUUUUGACAGUCGCCGUUGUGAUCCUGUCAGUGCAGACGGUUCAAUGGCGAAUCGACGACGACUGCGACGGCAACGGUUAAUGCCCAUGAUCGCCGUGCCGUUGAAAGACACCAGACCAAUAGAUUUUGGUCCACCUCUCGAGCGUUUCAUUAGUCAACACUAUGGCGUUGAUUUGUCAGCGACACCGGAAGAGACAAGCGCUGUCCGUGGUGGUAUAGGAGACGACGGAGAUGAUUGCGAUGCAAGUGGUGGCGUGGUACGGCGGCGUUCAUUGUCGUUACGCGAAGCCAUAGACGAAUUGACACAGCUCCGAGUGGACACGCAGACGCCUAGUAGAGACUUGGACGGCGUUCGACUUUUGCUACGGUACUACAGGCAGUUGUACUACGUGGACCGUAGGUUUUUUCCGCCCGCUCCCAUGGUGGCGUCGGUGACGACAACGCCGCGAAAUUAUCACCAACAUAAUCGCCAGCAGCAGGAUCCCAAUUAUCGUCACGUUAAGCAGCAACAGCACUCGACCGUCGCCGGCUCGUCAUUUUCGUCACCACCGCCAGCUAUUUAUUUCGAGUGGUACGAUUCGUUUGGUGGUCCAGUACCGUCGUGCGGCCAACGCACCGUCCGGUUCGAACAAGCGUGCGUACUGUUCAACGUGGCGGCGGUGCACACGCAAAUGGGCGCAAAGUACGACCGCCGUUGCAGAGACGACGCAGACGAGGGCGAUGACGACGACUACAACAUGAGCAUUGGCUCGGGAAAACGGGCCGGCUCUUCGUCGACAUCGACCGGUGCGGAAGCGGUGGACGGAUCCGCGGCCGCCGCGCAGUGCUUUCUGCGGGCGGCCGGCGCGUACCGACACAUCGGCGACACGUUCGCCAACGCACCCGCUCGUGCUGCCGAUCUGCGCGCCACCGGCGUCCUAUACGCACUCAUGAUGGCUCAGGCUCACGAAUGCGCUUUUGAAAAAUUACAAUGGCGGUUCUUGACAUCUGUUCGGCAGCAGUGUCGCCGUCGACGUCAUCGAGGAUACGGAGCCAAAGAAAGCGAAGCCAGUGCAGAAGAACUUGGUAGUGGUGACCACCGUGGCCGUGGUGACAGAGAUGCAGCUGUCGGUGGUGUUAACAUGGGAGGGAUGAGCGAAGUAACCGUAAAUACACCGACAUGGACAGAGUUGGCUCGUGAAGCGGCACACGUAUCGCGAAUGUACGGGGACGUGGUGUACAACAGCUGCUGCCGCCCACCAAACGACAGAGCCACACAUCGCGGUAAGGAAAACGGCGUCGAGCAGGGUGGCACGUCUACACCUGGGUCCAUGCUACCAGACGUCUGGGUGGCCGUGUGCAGGAUCAAAGACCGGCACUACGCGGCGCUGGCGUACCGGUUCGCCGCGUGCGCCUUGCUCCCGUAUCGCCGAUGCAGCGCUGACGGACAGCCGCAGGACGAACAACACCAUGUGGGUAGUGCCCGUCGUCACAGCACCGCCGACUCGGACGCCAGCCAAUUGCUGACGGAACUGACGGCGGCUGCGGCGGCCGUGGGUCUUGAGAUUGCAGACGACGACGACGACGACGACGAGGCAACCUCGGUGGUGAUGCAACAACGGCGGCGUCGCAAACAACUCGGUAUGCUGUUGCUGGAGGCGGCUGCAGCGGCCCACGACCGAGCGGACCGAGCCCAGCGACUGUGUCGGCAGCUACGAGCUAAAUCCGAGGGAAAUACGUCGGGCAGCAGCGGCGGAGGGGGUUUACUGGCCGGUGUGUUGGACCGAGAACGGCAGCGGACCGUACGGCUGUUACUGUUGCAACGCCGCGACGAAGUCGGCGACGACGAGUACGGUACGACCGAAGGCGAAGGCGACAGCGACCGCAGAGUUGGUCGUGCCGAGAAGAGCUGCAGCCAAUGCUGGGAUUGUCGAGAUUGUUGCUCGGACGACGACGGCGUCGAUGCUGCCGCGGUAGCCGAUUUUUGUUCGGGCGAUCAAGAAGAGUUUACCGGGGCCGGCAUCGCUGGCAUCCCAGGUUUGGACGUCGAUCGCGGUGUGUUAAUCAGACCGCGGACCAGAUUUCGGUUGAUGUCGAUCGCGCCUGACUUCACGGACACAGGUGACGGAGACAACUACGCCGACGGCGACGACGUGGACGGCGUCACCGCCGAAUGCGACUCGGCUGUGGCCAAACAACGUGGCGGCGGUGAAGAUCGACACCGACAAAAGCGAGAAGAACGACAGCACGAGAUCGCCGACCGCGAGGAACGCAGAGCCGAUCUGUUCGCCGGGCUAGGGCCCGUGGCCGUUUUUUCGGCGCGUCACCAGUGUUCGCGGCCCCGCUGGGUGAAAGUGGCCCGCGGCAGUGGCCGUCAUCGUUCUCCCGGCGGCGGUGACGAAGACGUUUGCGACGACGACAAAUUCGCAGACCCCAUUCAGCUCGUGGACCGAUGGUUUGGGUUCGAGCUGCGCAGCCACGGCGGCGGCACAGCGGCCGCGGUCCCGCCCGCUACCGUAGGACACGUCCGGUCCAGUUCUCAGGCACAACACGUCGGUCUGAGACGUGGUGAUAUAGUGGUGGCGUUAAAGUUAAGUUCUGGUGAUGGCGGCGGCAGGGCAAUGGACGUCAGAUGGGAAACGUGCCGCAGGGUGGCGGAACUUAUCGUCCACCAACAUCAGCGACGUCGGAGGGGCAGUUCCGGCGACUGGGCAGUCGUCGUCCAGUUGAAAAUCGUCACGCCGAUCACUGCAGCGGUGGCAUCUGACAGUUACUCGCCUGCGGAGCCAAACAAGAUUUACAAACGGAGAAGUACAAAUAUGGCAGCCUUAACUUCAACUAUACAUUCAGCUCCAUCUCUACCACCCAUAUUGUCACAAUCCAACUCUAAACAACGUCGCCAACGACGACAGAAUGCGAACGGUGGCAGCGAAGGAAACGAGAGUACUAAUAAAAAAAAUACAUGGUUAUGGAAUCCAUUCCGACGGCGGCGGAGAAGUGUUGUUGGCAAUAAGUGUUAAAAAAAUGUUGACCAAUGUAAUUACCAUUGAUUAUUAUACAAUAUAUGGAUGCAUAUUAAAUAAAUACUGUUCGUAGUCCGUAAGACAUUUUUUAGGAUAGAAUGUUACUAUUAUGAUAUAAAUAAUAAACACAAAAUAUAUACAUUUUUAA